CUUUAGUUUUCGCUCAUACAGUUUAGCCUCUCUGAUAUGGAAUGUGUUCGUUGUCUUUCCCGAUCUAAUCGUUAGCACACCGGGCGGAGCAGAGGAAACACUGAUGCCGGAUGUCCUGGGCUUUAAACCGAACAUAUCCAGCGCGUUUGUCAGACGCAGACGGCGUGUGGAUCUGGAUCCGGUCUCCUGUCAGGUGGAAGUGGCUUAAGGUCACUAAUACUAGUGUUUUCUUUCUGCUAAGAGGGAGGUUGUGGUGAAGUAGGCUGAAAAACAAACAUGGUGUUCCUGACGUUAUCUUGUUGGAUCCGAAAUCGUGGACCCGACAGAUACUGGAAAGUUCAAGAACUUCUCAAACAUGCGCGGCACUUCAGGGGCAGGAAGAACCGCUGCUACAGUCUGGCUGUGCGGACGGUCAGGAGGGCUUUCGUCUACGCCACCAAAGCUCGGAAACUGAAGAAACGUAACAUGAGAACGCUCUGGAUCACACGCAUUGCAGCAGCAUCACGAGAGCACGGCAUGAAGUAUCCCGCCCUCAUGCACAACCUUACAAAGAGCAGCGUUCAGCUGAACCGACGUGUUAUCAGUGAUCUGGCCAUCACAGAACCUCGGUCAUUCCUCUCGCUCGCCAAGCUAGCGCAGGCUCGCAAACAAGAAGGCUUCCGUGCGGCGCUGGGUGAUGGCAAAGAGCCUCCUGGUGUCUUCUCCCGUGUUGUUUUACUGCAGUAAAGGACUUGCUACAGUUUUUGGAUCACCAGUUGCUGUGUGGUUUAAAGGGCAGCGCUCCUGGAUUAAUGAGAUGAUCCUGAAACAGUCGACCAGACACACACUCACCUCUUUGCUUUACACCUGCUGUUUCAUCCAUCAAGUAUUUUUCACAUUAUCAUAAAAGGUUAAUUUAUUUUAUUUCUUGUCCAGUGUAACGGGGUUGCCCCGUGCUUAAUGACCCAUAUUGAGACCAGAGUCUGACCACCAUGACCACCAUAACGUGGGUUGUUUGAAUUCACUGACUGACCAGAGAGUUGACAGUUUUCUGAAGUACUGCAUGCACUGUGUAUAAAUGAUCUGACAUGGGUACAUAAUGGUGUCUCACAAAUGUCAGCUGCACACUGGUCUUUGGUGUAAAAGAGAAAAUUUUCCUUGUCACUAUCCCCUUGUCCUUCAAUCUGAAGUAGAGCUACCGACAGAGCCUCGUCCCUGAAGUAGAAAGAGAUGUAAUUUCUCACUCAAGGACACUUUAGCAAGACAGAUGAUUACUGUUGAAGUGCCUUGGUGCCUGGCCUUGAUGGACAGAUUCUUUACUCACUAUGUUCCCCUGCACCCAUUCUGUUCAAACUCAGUGCAUCUCUAAAAGGAGAUUUGACAAAUUUAUGUGGCUUUUCCUACCCUAUUAUAAUCCAAGCCUGCAGCUGCCAUUAAACACCACAGCAACCAGAUCCGCUCCUGCUCCAUUCACUGACUUCAGUUCAGCAUCUCUGCCCUGAAUGCCUCCACUUUCACGAUAGAGGAUGGUGAUUAUCGAUUUCCAUAAACUCUCCCUGUGUAUAUCAGACACAACCUCUGUUAAGUUAUGAUUUGAUGCUGUUGGAUUGUGAGUGUUUUUGGAGGUUGGGAAGAGAAGAGUGACCUCAAUCGUUAUUGUGUGAUGACUUUUGUCUCUGUAAAUAUAUAUUUUACCCUUUGUUGUGGUAAGAUUGUCCUCACAAUGUUUAGUUCAUUAAACAUUUUGAUAUAUA